GGGACUGUAUCUAAGUCAUUAAUGGGAAGUAACUCGUGCAUCAAAACAAAGUGAACAUGUUGCGAACUUUUAUCCAAAAAUCGCCGUUAUUUCGGCGUUAUACAUGGAGUCAGUGUGCAUACUAUCUACAGACAUCUACAUAUGCACAGCUUUCAGAAACAGCCAACUCAAAAUCGAAUCCUGUAAGAAAUGAAAGUGAUGCCUUUUCUCAACCAGAACAAAAUGAGAAUGAUGUGAGAUUGGUGGAAAAUUCAAAGAUUACUAAAAAGCAAGAAAAAGCUCCAACAAGUCGUGUCAUAGAUAGAAACCCAGAGGAUCUUUACAGACGUUACUUUAUGACUCCUGAUCAGCCAGAAGAUGCUCGCCUCCUCAGAGUCGCAAUUAUUGGUGCGCCAAACGCAGGCAAAUCUACACUGAUCAACACACUUAUGGGCUGGAAGGUUAAUGCGGUGUCCAAAAAGGUUCAUACUACACGCAAAAAUGCAAACACUGUAUUUACGAUAGAAAAUGCACAGAUUAUACUUGUGGAUACACCUGGAGUGAUAACAAAAUCUGAGAAAAAAAGGCAUCAAUGUGAUAAAAACAUGCGGUCAGAUCCUGAGAGGAGCUUACAUGAAGCAGAUGCUGUUGGAGUGAUUGUGGAUGCUUCAAAUUAUUGGACGAGAAAUCAGCUUCAUACUGAACUGUUGAAAGUCUUGUAUCUUCACAAAGACAUUCCUUCUUUUCUUAUCCUUAAUAAGAUUGAUGUUUUACGAAGUAAGCCAUUAGGCAGACAGCAAGUGAUAUUGCUAGGGGUUACCAGACGCUUAUCUGAAGGUAAAAUUGGCGGGAAAGAAUUUGGAAGGACAAGAGAACGGAAAAAGAAAGAUAGGAAGCCUAAAGACUUGUUUGAUGAAUUAGAACAAAAGUAUGGUAAGUUAAAGGUGAAUAAAAAGAUGGUUUCAGAAGAGAACAAAUCUGAUGCACAAGCUGAAACAGAUGUGAGUGAAGACUUUAGGGAAAGAUUGCAACAGGAUACAUAUGAAGUUUUUAAGAGAGGUCUUCAAGACGAACUUUCUGAUAUCAUUAAACUUCAUAGUGAAAAGGCUAAUACAACAGAAAAUAUUGAUGAAAAGAGAUCUGUUCCAGAAGGUGCUGUUAAACAUUUCAUGAAUCGUAAGGCUAAGAAUUCAGCAGAAAUUACUAAAACUAAAGUUUCAAAACAUGAUUCCAAAGAGGAGCUUUUAGAUGUCAGCACACAUGGGAGAAUGGAAGUUGACGUAGCAGACAAUGUUAAUAAAAAUGUUCAUAGUGAUAAGAAUGAGAGUUUAGAUUUAAAUUCAGAUGAACAUACUAGUGUUGAAGUCAUUACAUGUGAUACUGAUAACAUUAUGUGUGACAUUAAGAAAGACACACUAGGGAAUCACAUUUGUAAUGAUGAAUUUCUUACUGAAAAUGAAACUGCAAUGAUUGGUGAACAAACCUUUUCUGACUCUGAUAAGGACUUAUCUUCACAUAACAGAUUUAGUGACUUUCCAAAGGCAAAAACUGUAAAUCCUGUUGGCGAAAGUUCUGAUAAUGAAAAAGUAAAAAUCGAACUUGAAGAUUCUUACCAGUCUGAAUUUUUAGCUCGUAUCCAAUCACUACAAGCUAAAAUGCAAGAAGAUUCCACUCCAUCAAGAAAUGAUUCAGAAGUUAGAGAGCAUUCUGAAUCGCAGGAAGAAAAUUCAAAAUUAAAGGAAGCUGUAGCAGCGGUUAAAGACAAACAUGGCUGGUCAUGUUUUGAUAAAGUUUUCCCUGUAUCUGCGUUAGAUGGAAGUGGAAUAGAUCAGAUAAAGGAAUAUCUUUUGGAGAUUUCUCGCCCUGCUGACUGGAUCUACCACAGUAGUGUGAUAUCAGAUCAACACCCAUUUGAGAUAGCAAAAAUGUGUGUAACACAGAGUUUCCUUGAUAAUAUGGAUUCUUAUCUCCCUUAUGUCAUUAAUCCAGAAAUCAUAUCUUGGGAUGUAGACUCACAUAAUCACCUCAAUAUAUCAAUGGACAUCACAGUGGCAAAUAGACAUGAAAUGAAUCUUAUAUUUAGCAAAGGAGGUGCCCAGAGAAUCCGCGACAUAUCUGCCAGUGCUAGACAAGCCCUGAUGGAUGCCUUCCAGUGUGAAGUCAGGUUUAAAUUAGCCAUCAGACUGAAAAAAAGGAGAUAAUAAAAUAGAAUUGACUUAGUGAAUAAUGAAUAAAAUAUAUGUAUAGCUUUAUAAUAUAG